CCUAAUACAAACACCACGCUCUCUCCAUUUUAAAGAAGUUAGAAGAAAUUACCAAGUUGUAUUUUCUAAUUUAAUGGCUGACGAAGAAGUACCAGGUGAAGAAAAUGGAGAGGAGGAACAAGUUGCUGAAGAAGCUGCCCCUGAGGAGGCAGAAGAGGAAUCCGUCGAGGACGAAUCACAACUUACAGAAUACGAUCCGGACGACUUUGUAUCUGGUGCUGUAAAUAGUUUGGACUCAACUAUACCACUCGAUCUAUUCGAGUUUGAAUAUUCGUAUGGCUACGAUUGCAAGAAAUACUUUAAUCUCUGCGCUUGUGACGAUGCUGUUGUAUGCUGGGCCGCCGGUAGUAUCGUUACGUUCAUGGACGUGAACACUAAACAGUUAUGGUUUCGACGGAGUACCACGGGGGGAUCAGUUGGAGCUGUCACGUCUUAUAGGAAAGAUCCAAAUUAUCGAAUAGUUAUAGCCGAAGGAAAAGAAGGUGAACGAGAUCCCAUAAUACUGCUUUACACUUGGCCUCAAAUGGAUAUCGAUGCUGUUCUUAGAGACGGAACCACUAACGCUUACUCUGUCCUUGAUUUUAGUCCAGAUGGCGAGCUUUUAGCUUCUGUGGGGAAGGAACCUGACUAUAAUUUAACUAUUUGGAACUGGAAACGUCACACCAUUCUCUUACGCACGAGCGCAUUUACCUUUGAUGUGAAUACCGUUAUGUUCUCGCCGUACUGCCAUGGGCAACUUACUACAGCUGGAGCGGCUCAUAUAAAAAUGUGGAAAAUGGCAAGCACUUUUACAGGUCUUAAACUAAUAGGAGAACUUGGAAGGUUUGGUAAAACAGAGAUUUGUGAUGUACUGGGUGUAUACCCCAUGCCAGACGAAAAAGUGUUGUCCGGUUGUGAAUGGGGAAAUAUUCUAGUAUGGGAAGCUGGACUUGUCAAAUUGGAAGUGACUCAACGUGGAAGAAAAACGUGCCAUAAAGCUCCCAUUAUUCAAUUUAUGCUAAGUCCAGCUGGCGAUGAAGUAACAACGAUUGGACGGGAUGGUUACGUUCGAGCUUGGUAUUGGGAUACAGUGGAACAGGCAGAUCCUCCUGAAGAUGAUCCUUACGUGGAACUCAAUCCAGUCGCCGAAACUAUCGUACCAGGCUGUCAAAUUAUGUGCUUAAAACAUCAAAAGGACAUGUAUUGGUAUGCUCAAGAUGGAAAUGGUGGAAUUUGGACUGUCGAACUAGACAUAGAUAAAUUAGAAUGUAAUCAUCGCAAAAUAAUGACAUUUCACGCUGGCAGCGUCGUGGCAAUAGUGGCAUUACGCACACAUCCUAUUAUCAUCACGGCGGGGGAAGACGGAGCUUUACAUGCUUAUAACUCUGAAACUCAUAUUCUACUGGCCAGGUACCAGUUUCAAGCUGCCGUGACCUGCUUGCUGUAUCCUCCAAUAGAUGUUGAUAGUACCUCUCGUGUUAUACUAGUAGGCUUUGCGGAUGGAAUCAUGAGAACUCUAUUGGUACACCCCGAAAGACUUCAAGCUCAAUCAUCUUUAAUAGAAAUCCGCGUGCAUUCUGCACUUACUAUUCACAGCGAGGAUUCCGUAAACGCUGAUGUCAUGGAUUUGAUAUCGUUACUGAAACCUCAUUCAAAAGCCAUUACUCAAAUAACAGUAAAUGAACAUCGUACACUUCUAGUAACAUGCGGCGAAGACUGCACGAUAUUUAUGUAUCAAUUAGAAUUGGGCACACUAUUUACUCUGCAUAGAUUGGGCUUUAUACAGACGCCAAAUAAUGUGGCUUUUAUGACCUGGAAACCUAAUGAAGAGCGUGUUCUACUUCUUUGUGGUCAAGUCGGUGUUAUUAUUGAAGCAGUAUUGCCAGAUCUUCCUGUUUGUAAAUACAAUGACAUCACCACAUUUAAACAAGAAUUCGUCCAUUUUGAAGAGAUUCUCGUCAAAAAAUAUUAUAUGCGCAAUAGACCAUUUCCGACGGAAGAAGAUCUUGCUAGUAUUGAUGAAGAAGCCUUAAAAGCUCAAGGAGAAGCUGAAAAAGAAAAAGAUGACGAAGAAGACGUGUGGAUCGGAGAAAUACAACUAGAAGAAGCUGAGAAUACACCUGGAACUACGAUAACAUGGGCGGAAUACUGUGAAGAAGGCAUAUGGGUGGUUCAACAAGGUACGGGGGCGUUGCUGUUAGUCAAACCAAAACAUAAUAAGAUACUUAAAUAUGGACCCUUUCCUGGGGCAUGGCAUGAAGAUAUCACAGCUUUAAAAUUUGUAAAUGAAGGCCGCUACUUAGUGGUCGGGACAAACUCUGGCUAUAUCCGCGUACUCCGAAUGCCAUCUGACGAUGAAGAUACUCCCGAACAUCAUUAUAUGACAUGGAUGAUGGCCCAACAGAAACUACUGAAAAAACUAAAAGGAAGACGUCUUGCGAAAGAAGAGAAACAACCAACUCCGCGUAUUGAUUUUGAUGACAACUAUUACCUUCCAAUGCACGACCGUUACACGGGUGCUAUAACAUGUCUUGAAUUUAGUUUUGAUGGCAAGCAUUUGUACACAAGUGGAUCGGAUGGUAAUAUAUUUUCGUAUGUUGUAAAUUUCACAGAACCAUUGCUACCAACACCGCAUUUGUCCCAACUAAAAGAACUGCCAAAAGUUGAAAAAGUCAAAGAACCAAGUACUGUUGAUGGUGAACUUAUGUCUCACGAGCAACUUAAACUGAAAGAAGAAUAUGACAAAAUGAUUUCUAUAGCGAACGCACAUAAGAAACGUGUGCGUGAUCAACUGGCGGAACUAACCAUUGAAUAUACAAAAUUGAUAAAAGCAAAUCGACAGUUGCCGUGCUCUCAGCAAAUCGACGUGACACUCGAUCCUCGGCCUCUCCUCGUGCAGGAGAAAGAGUUGGAGGAAAUGAAAGAUCUCACUCGCCGCAAAUUGGCCCAACAGCUAGAAGCUUCUGAUUUAGCUUUACAAAAAAUGCACUCCCGAAACAUUAUUCAGCUUGACGUCUUCCCCUUUACUUUGAAAGCAAUCAGGGAUUCCGAAAUAAUGAUAAGGCCUUUACGACAGAAGAACCUGUCAAAAGCAUUUUAUGAUCAGCUUGCAGAAGUUCACCAGAAAAUGGCAGAAGCAUCACAACGAGGAAGACGUACUGAGUCAUCGACCUUAAAGGCGGCCGCAAAAAAAAUGUCCUGGGGUCCCCCUCGCGUUGCUUCAUUCUUACUUGGAUUACCGCCAAAUCCGCCUCACCCCUUGAAAAAGGCUUUACGCAACUAUUAUCAAAGGAUAAAUCGGCACCAUAUACAAUUCGUUGAGUGGCAAGAACAUUUAUCCCGCAAACCAGACCCAAACGCUAUGCCGCCAGGCGCUGCAGAGGCACUUAAAGAAGCUGAAGACACUAUUGGCAAUCGUGUUCUUAAAACUGAUCCGGAUUACGUUGCAUCGCAUGGACACAAUACGCAGCUUCGGAUUUGUUUGACACGGAAGGAGAUCUACGAUAACAAGCGUGCUUUUAACGACAAAGUAUUGAAACUUCGAGAACAGAAAGUUUGGCUAGUUUCAAAAAUACAAGACAUUGGAAAGCGUUUGGGAGAAAUUCGUGUUGAAAUUCCGCACAAGCUAGCUAAGCAACCACCGGUUAUACCACACAUUGAUGACGAUUUAGAAUUUCCCGAGAGAAAUCUAGAGAUAAAACCAGAAAUAGUAGUCGCACUGGGUCCAAGGCGACAAACGAUAAGGAAAACAGAGGAACGCAGAAAGUCCACGUUGUAUCCGCAGCAGCGUGUUCGGCAGACAAGAGUUCCGUUAUUUGUACCGAUCACUGAAUCUCGACCUUUAACUGCUUCUUGGGAUAUAUUGAAAUCAAAGCAAGAUCAAGUAUCUUCAGCUAUUGAAAUAGAAAUACGUGAACGACGUAUUGAAAGGCACCUCUACGAGCAAGAUAUGCUACAAGUAGAUGCUGAGAUGUUGGUUCAAAAAUUCGACUCCCGACUCCAACAACUUCAACGAGAACGUAUUCGAGUACAGGAAAAAAAUCAAUUACUAGAGUUGCACUUGUAUCAACUACAUCGAGAAAUGUCAGUUUUGAAUCGUUUUGAAGCACAUGAAGAUCGUCUAGCUGAAAGAGUUUAUGUAAAAUUAAUGCAGGUUCGCGGUGUAAAUGACCAGAUUAUGGACUGCAAACAACGCAUCGAAGAACACAAAGCAGAAAAGGAAAGACUUGAUCUGGCAUGCCAAGACCUGCAAAGGCAAUUUAAAAAACUCGUGCAGGAUAAUAAGUUCGCUGAUUUCCUCCGUAGAAUAUUCAAGAAGAAGUAUCGUCCUCCUCGUGAUCACGAUGAUGACGAAUCAUCGGAAUCUGAAUCAAGCUCAUCAUCCAGCGAAGAAGAUGAGGCCAGCUUGGACAGUCGCGACAUUGGUCCUAUUCGUCUCGACCCAAAUAUAUGUCCUGAAGGAUGUGAUGUUGAUAUCUACAACAAGACUUAUGAACUUCGAAAUAGUCGACACAAGCAUGAACAAGAAAUGAUAGAACAAGAUCGAUUAGUUGAACUUUUAAGGAAAGAUAUUGAAGCACAUAACAAGGUAAAAAGGAAGUUCUCAGUGCAACUGGAGAAACGAAAGCAAGAUUUAAGAGAAUUUAUGAUGGAGAAACAAAGUUGUAUGAACGAGGUAGACCAAGUUGUGAUACUACGUUACGACCAAAUACGAGCAUCAGCUUUGCAAGGUUGUACUGGGCCAGGUGGACUCUCCAAAACCGUUGUCUUUCCCGAAAAGAUGCUGAGUAAACUGCGGAAAAGGGUAUUAGAAUUGCAGGAUGAAAUAAAACAGCAAAAGCUACGACAGAAGGUAAACCGCACACAUCUUUUCCGAAUGAACGUAGACAUUCGCGCGAUGGAGGACCGCGCAGCAGAACUCAGCGCUCAGAUGCGCGACGUGUUGACGCGCAAGCUAGGAAAACCGCGCCGUGUCGACCGCACACUUGAUGAACUUUUAAGGCAACUCGCAAAACGCCACAAAUUCACAGCCACCCUUGCUUCUGUGCCGCAUCUACUUUCACAAAUCACAACAUGGAGGGAACGUUACAGUCAGCUGGAACAAAAGUAUCUCACAGUUAUUAAUCAUUAUUCUGAUCGUCUUCGACUUGCUGCUGCCCUACAAGCUGAUAUUUAUCCGCAAAAGCCACCAAAAGACCCAUCGAAAAUGGCGGGAGGUUAUGAACCGGAACAUUAUCAACGUGAUGUGGUGCGCCUGCGCAUCAUACGUUUGCAACAGCUGCAACAAAUUAAGGCACUUGAGGAAGAAAUUCAAGGUUUGCGCCUCAAACCACUUGCGCAAAUUGCCUCCCCCCCAGUGUGGUCACCGCCCGAAUCAGAUCGCUCUCAAGUUUACCUCCACAUGGUUCGACCAUCUUCAAGAGCUACACGCCACAAAUAUUUUCCUAUAACACCCUUGGGAUCACAUGUGAAGUUAGUGUACGAAGUUAACUUAAUGAAGCUCCUAUAUGAUUGCCUGGACAUGAUGAGAGUCUCACGGGACGAAGCAGAUGUUCUACUGCAAGAACUUACUAAUGAAUUACCAAAAAUUAUCUCUGGUGACAAAACUCGUUUUGAAGUCGUAGAUUCAUUGGUGCGAAAAUGGCUGCUUAAAUAUGGUGGCGAUCCAAGCCUUUACAAGAAACAAACACGUGCUUUUGAUGCUCUCGCCACUUUGGCUGAUCGGCUCAUCAAACAACAUGUUCAAGAACUUGAAGGUAUAGAUUCUAAAGAACACGAAGUUAUGCAGUCGCUAGAAGCAGCUUUAAAGGAUGCAGCUGGUGCACAGCCCCUUCGUGAACGACUCGGCCCUGCGCUGGCUACUCUAUUGCAUACCACGCAAUCGGCUGAAUUAGAAGGUGAAGAAACUGUAACGAUGACGAUGACUACUUUAGUGCAAUCACUCAUCGACGAGGAGUAUCCUCUUACCGCAGAAUCUAUUGAUGCAAUUGAGGUUUUCGAUGUCGUUGAAGACCUCAAAGAUUGUGGAGUAAAUGCGCCGGCAGAAGAAUUAGAUAAUGUAGUGAAACUAGCGAUAGACUGUCUACGUGCACAACUGAUCUGUCCUGAAGAAAAACAACGACUGGAUAUAGACGUUCAAGAGGCUCUGCAAGUGACAUCGCUAGCUGCAAGCAGGGACACAUCAAAAUCCGAUAUAGGAGACAAAAGUAACAAACGAUAACAAAAAUAAAUCACUGCUAACUCGCCCUAUGUACUGGGAAAGCAUAAAGUGACAACCAAGAAACUUCGAGUUCUUUUCUUUCGUACGUAUCUUUUCAAAACUUGAAGUUAAAAUGAAAUGCAAUUUUAAACAUCCUCUGUUUAUUACAUCACUAGACUUUUAAAACGCAGGCUCACGAGAAAAUGGAGACAGUGAAAUAACUAUAAAUUUUUAUUUAGUUCUGUGAGUCUGACUCACACUUGUCGGUUUUUUAUAUGAAUACCCGCAUAGUAGAAGUGCGCUGGAUUUAUAUGGACCUAUAAAAUGAGAGAGGAUGCUGACGAAAAAAUGGUCAGGGAAUCAUUGUAAUCAAGUGUUGAUGUGGGAGAGAGACUCAAAGAUUGGGUACACAAGCGGACAAAGAAAGGCCUCGCUUACAAAAUACUUGUCAGUAAAUUUAGUACCAUAAAAUACCAAUGGUUUCAAUUUGAAAUAUACAUUUGCCAUGUAACUUUUUAGUAUGUACCUACCUAAUAAAUAUAUUUUA